GGCUCCGUCUUUUUCAGUGGGCACCAUGGGCGGAGCCGGAGGGGCAUCCGCCCCCAAUCCAGAAAAUAAAUGAAAACAACUGACCGACUGGGUCGCAGAUAAGUCGGUCCCGUCCCCCCCAAUAAAUCCUGGCUACACCCGUGGUUGGCACUGCUGUCUAAGUUGGUCCUCAUUUGUGUCACUCUAAUUCGUAGACUUCGAGUGUACAGGGCAUCUGCAUUUAACAGCUUGUUUUCCUCUCCAAAGAGAGAAAUGGGAAAAAUCAGGAUAGUAGCAUAGUUAUGUUUGGACACCAGCACGUCCUCCCGCCCCCAGGCCCCCCAAAGUAGAAACAGACAGGAAUUUCAUGCUAAGUUUUAUUUCGUGAGAAACAAUAUUUUCAAAAGUGCAACUUGCCUGCCUGCAAACCAGUUCAAUGUUAUUUCACAUUAAAGGAAAUGAGUAAGAUCUCCUUAGAAGUAUCUUAAACUUAUUUGAGAAAGGGCUGUAAUGUCAGCAACUUACAUAUCAUACAUUUAAAUCACAUGGCUUCCUCCAAAGAAUCCUGGGAACUAUUCGUUUUAUCUCUCAAAGCUAAAAUUCUCAGCACCCUCAACAAAGUUCUGAGGAUUAUUUUGGGGGAAUCAUGUGCUUUAAAUGUAGGUGAGUAUGCAGACUCAGCCAUACAGCAUUUGCAUUGCUUGCAGAAGGUUCUAAAUUCAGUUCCUGGCAUCUCUAGCCAGUGUUGGGAAAGACACUGGAUAGUUGCUGUUAGCCAGCGUAGACAAGGACAAUACUGAGCAAGAUGAACCAAGAGACCACAUAACACCGGUCUUGAAAGAUCUACAUUGGCUCCCAGUACGUUUCCGAGCACAAUUCAAAGUGUUGGGGCUGACCUUUAAAGCCCUAAACGGCCUCGGCCCAGUAUACCUGAAGGAGCGUCUCCACCCCCAUCGUUCUGCCCGGAUGCUGAGGUCCAGCGCCGAGGGCCUUCUGGUGGUUCCCUCACUGCGAGAAGCAAAGCUACAGGGAACCAGGCAGAGGGCCUUCUUGGUAGUGGCGCCCGCCCUGUGGAACACCCUCCCAUCAGAUGUCAAAGAGAUAAACAACUACCUGACAUUCAGAAGACAUCUGAAGGCAGCCCUGUUCAGGGAAGUUUUUAAUGCAUGACAUUUUAGUGUAUUUUUGGUUUUUGUUGGAAGCUGCCCAGAGUGGCUGGGAAAACCCAGCCAGAUGGGUGGGGUACAAAUAAUAAAUUAUUAUUAUUAUUAUUAUUAGUCUGACAAAAUCCCCAUCAAAGGUUCCUGAGCAAACUUAGAUGUCUGCUAUCAGUGGAUGGAUCAUCUUAAGAGUUGGUAACUGAUUAAAGUGCAGGAAGCAUGGAAGAUAAAUAAAUGGACAGUUCUCGCAGUGAAUGAAUGGAAGUUGUCUCUGUUACGAUAUUGAAGCAAUGCAGCCGCGAGCUGCUAGCUUGAAAACAGCACAUGAUGGAAUGUUGGGACUGUUCCGUGGGAAACAGAGGGACAGUCAAUUCACAGUGCAGAGGGCACCGGAAUUAGCUCAGAGUGUAAUAUGAGCUGGACAAGAAGUGUUUGUUCUCUCUCAACUGCAGGAGUAUGAAGAGAGCAGUCAUGUUUUCUGUAACGCUGCAAAGACAGAAAUAAAGGCAUGUAAAUACGUUUCUGUCUAUCUCUUUCCCCUGCCGGGGGAAAGAGGGGUGUGUUCUUCUCACGCUGAGAAGGAUCGCCUAUUGCGACCUCUGCCUGGAUCUUGCCGGGAAAGCAGGCAGGGAGGUCAACAGGAGACCAAGCCGGGUGCCUGGGAGAGUUGCCAGUUUCUCCUGAUAAAGGCUUGAUUUCCGACAGUCUCCCCUCACUCCUGUGUGCACAGGAUCUGUUUUGGGUCUUCAUGGAUGAUCUGAAAUUAAGGGUGAGUAGUCAGGUGGCCAAGUGUCUGCAUAAUUAAUUAUUAAGGGUAGCAAAAACAAAAAAGGAAUUGGGAAGAACUCCAAACUGGGCUAUUAAUGUGGCAGAAUGUAAGAUUGAAAGAGUUCCUGGAAAUUUCAGUCUCCUUCAAGAGUCAUAGGAGCUGCACAGCAGAAGCUUUUAUGAAAAGGUCAAGCUGUUUCCAAUGCUUUUUCACUCCAAAAUCAUAGUCCUAGCCAGCCAUAGUCAUGAGAAAGUUCAAGACCAAAAAUUCUCUUCCUUUUUUCCUUCUGCUUCAUUUCCACAAGUGCAGGAAGUGGACGGGUACAAUGUCAAUAAAUUCCAAUUUGUUGUGUUUUUAUAUCUGUUUGUAGAUGUCAUUAUUACUUGCAAUUCUUUCUGAAAUAUACUUUUUCUGCAUCUCAUUGAGGGUUGAUCUAUGUAGCAUUUCCAUGUUUGUUUGUUUUUUAGAUUUGCCUCAUUGGCUCUGUUCAAGCUGAGGAUAUCAGUUAUCAACAUUAUCUAUUUUUGUACAUUUAUAUCCCAAAUGUCUUCUGUCAGGUAAGCAGCAUGGAAAGUUGUUUUAAAAGAACUGUAUGAAAAACAAAGGAACUUCACAAAGGAGACUACAGUGCAAAGCUGCUGGCUUACAAUUCUUCAUGAGAUUCAGUGCCAUCAAUUAUGGACUGAAUUGGAACAAAGUAUUUUUUUAUACAUAUAUAAUAAUAUUUAUUAAGUUUUCCAAUUUAAGAAUCCAAUAAAAGCCACAUUAAAAACAUUCCAAAUUAUAAAAUAAUCAAACAGUCCAUGUAUUAUUCCAAAUUAUAAAUCUUUGUUUGCCUUCCCAUGCUCUGAGGUUGGGGGAUAGCAAUCAUCUCACAUUUGUGCUGCGUCUCUAAGUUAGUCCAGGUGAUUCCCAUAAAUCAAUCCGAUGUUAAUCCUUUGUUCAUUUUUCGCAGCCUCUGAGUUUGUCUUGCAAGUGAGUUAAAUCAAACAAUAUGUUUUUGUGUGGGUGUUUAUUUUCUUCCAUGUCUUUCACUUUCACUUCUUUGUGCCUGUAAUUAUCAACCGCGACACAUUCCAAAAUGGAGGAAAUCUGACUUUCUGCCAAUUGUACCAGGCAUAUUUCCAAACCUCUUCAUUUUAUCUCUGUCCAGAUCAGUUAAGCCCAUACUUUAGCUAGAAGCCUCAAUUCCCAUCUUCCAUUCUUAACGAUCAUUUAGAAUUAAUUGCAGCUUCCUAAAUCUUUUCCACAAAGUUAAUAAUAAGGUCAAAAUGAGUCUUAAAUAUUAGAAUAUUCUCCAAUCACGCUUGCAUGCAUAAUCAAUCGGUAGUCAGUCCUUCCAGGGAGAUUUGCCAAGUAAAAUAGCAAAUAUGAAGUAUAUCAAAAAGAAGCAAGAAAGACUCACCCCCCUUUUGUUCCAACAUACCAGUUCCAUUGUGAUGAUAACCCCUCUUCCACUCGAAUCCUUUAGCUCCUCAGUGGCUGAAUCAAUUAGUAGUUUAUCUCUGCUCACUCAGAGCAUGCCCGUUAAUUAAGUCCGAAUUUUAAUCUUAAAAAACAGGAGUUUGCUCAUUGGAGAGUUGCGAAAGAGACACACGGUGCUUUCCACCCAGCGUCCCCAGCCCUCAUGCCUUCUGGAUUGGGGGCAGGUGUUGGGCGAUCUGUGGGUGAAGCUCCCUCCCCUCCGGUCCUGGCAGGGUUGGGAGGAUGAUUACUCCCAUCUCAUCCUCAAAAUAUUCCGUGCGAAACGGCUCUGAUGAAAUGAGCAGCCUCUGCCAUGGCAAGCCAUACAAAGUAUCUUUAUAAUAGAAUCAUAGAAUUGUAGAGUUGGAAGGGACCCCGAGGGCCAUCUAGUCCAACUACCUGCAAUGCAGGAAUCUCAGCUAAAUCAUCCAUUGACAGAUUGCAACCCAACCUCUGCCUAAAACCUCCAAGAAAGGAGAGUCUGCCACCUCACCAAAGAUAGAUUUUUUGUGCUGUUAAUAACUGAUUUUUUUUUUUGCAGCCCCCACUGUUAAUAUACAUUAACUGUUACUGUCUGUUCUUUUUGGCAUUUAAUUUGCUAUGGACGUCACUGUUUAUAAUUUCCUCUCUCCCCACCUGGAAUUCAGAGUAACACUUCAUUAUUAUUAGUAUUAAUAAUAAUAAUUUUUAUUUAUACCCCGCCCUCCCCAGCCAAGACCGGGCUCAUAUAUCUGAUGGGAAUGUACUGUCGUCCAUGAAAGUUCAUCCUGGUUUUUGAGUUUCUCCGUCUUCGUUUUUUUCAGUUUUCCGUCUGAAAAUUGUUUGAAAGCUGUUACUUCAAAUCCGUGCUGCCAGCUAAAAUCCAUGAACUGCAAGCAAAACUCCCGGGCGCCUCAAAUCACGAGCCCUUCAGGCGCCUUCUGCGCAUGCGCCCCAACUGCCCCCCACCUUCCUCUUGAGAGAAGCGCGUGACUUCUACGUCAAGGCGAAAGCCGAGUCUUCCCUCCUCCCGCUCUCCGCCCCCCUCUUCCCUCAGCGGACGUACGACUGAGGGCAAAUGCCGGCUCCGGUGCGUCCUGGGCCUUGUAGUUCUCCUGGGCCGCAACCUUGAUUCCGCGCCACAUGCCGUCUGGGGAGCUACGGACUACAACUUCCAGGUGGCAAAGCGAGAGGCGGCGCCGAGAGCGGGGCGUGGCUUUUUCGGAGCUCCGCCUUCUCUGCUGUCGCCGCCGACUGCUGCUCCUCGGGAGAAGGUGACCUGCCGGGAGAGAGAGAGAGCGCGCUUCUUCUUCCGCCGCCGCCGCCAUGGUCAGUGACGCUGAGCUCGGGAUCAGAUUGUGAAGCCUUUUAAAAUGAAUCGCAUUAUUUCCUCGGCUGGGUGGGAGGCAGGAGGUUCUGACGAGAUCCUGGAGCGGCGGCGAAGGGGACGCCUUAACCCGCAGUGAAAUGGAGGGCAGCGAAGGCAGCUGCGGGGCGGAGGGGCAGCGGCGACCUGGUCAGACCAGCGCAAGGGGAGGAAACUUCCCACCUGCGGGCGGGCGCCUGAAGGCUCUGCUCUCGAAGGGCGGGGUCGGGGGGCAGGGACCCGGGCGGGGGGGGGGUCCCUCUAUUUCAAAAGGCGAGCCAGGGACUGGGGUCGACUAAUCGGGCUGGGGCAGAUGGGGUUAAUGGGGAAAAACCAGACCCACGAGCAGUGCUGACGUAAUUUGCCACCAUAAUUUGAGCACCGGCUCAGGUAACUGCGUGGGGGUUGAGCGUGGUGUAGGAUGAGACAUCGGGGUCCCCUUGGCUGAGUUACAUGCUCAGUAGAUUAGUGUGUUGCACAUGAGACUCUUAAAUCUCUUGGUCAUGUGUUCACGCCCCACUUACUUACUUACUUUAUUUAUUUAUUUAUUUAUUAAACCACUUUAUAUAGUGGUUCCUUCCAGCUCUACAAUCCUAUGGUUCUAUGAAUACAUGUGGCAAGGACAAAGGAGAGUUGGAGUGAUAGAUCUUCAACCAUGCAUGAAAGUCCUGGUAAAUCAGAGCAAGCCCAUAGCUGCUGUUCUCCCAUUUUGCAACUGCAGUGCAAGCAAUGAAAACAUUUUCUGGGCUUCAGUACAGUGGUACCUCGGGUUACAUACGCUUCAGGUUACGUAUGUUUCAGGUUACAGACUCCGCUAACCCAGAAAUAGUACCUCAGGUUAAGAACUUUGCUUCAGGAUGAGAACAGAAAUCGUGCUCCAGCGGCGUGGUGGCAGCAGGAGGCCCCAUUAGCUAAAGUGGUACCUCAGGUUAAGAACAGACCUCCGGAACAAAUUAUGGUAAGUUCUUAACCCGAGGUACCACUGUACUUGGGUUUUGUGAUGCACGCUGCCUUGGCUCUCUGUUUUUACAGAGUAUGUGAGAAGAAGCUCUACCCAGUUACAUUCUUUUUGCUAUCAUAAGCCUUUGUGGUGCCAGUGUGGUGUAGUGGUUAAGAGCGGUAGUCUUGUAAUCUGGGAAACCGGGUUCGCGUCUCCGCUCCUCCACCUGCAGCUGCUGGGUGACCUUGGGCCAGUCACACUUCUUGGAAGUCUGUCAGCCCCACUCACCUCACAGAGUGCUUGUUGUGGGGGAGGAAGGGAAAGGAGAACGUUAGCCGCUUUGAGACUCCUUAAAGGCAGUGAAAGGCGGGAUAUCAAAUCCAAACUCCUUGUAAAUUGGAAAAGUAUCUGCUUGGCUUGGAAGGUAACCUACAAGCGGUGAUGGGGCAGGAAGGGAAAAUAUUUUUCUCAAAUUUUAUGUCACUGUUGUUCAUUAGUAACCAGGGUAUAUAGCACUUGAGGGGACAGCUGCAGAGAGCACUGGCAGCCUUGCUCAAUAACAAUGCCCCAUUUAUCGUCUUCAAUUUCAGCAGUGUGUGACUUACUGGUAUUGCUGGAAUGUCUCCUUGUAUGACUUUCAAGGUGCUCUUCAAGUAGGCAAACUUCCAAAUUCUGGUUGGGGCCAUAGCCAUAGUCUGAUGCCUUCUGAUGAAAGGACUGACUUAAGGUGCAACUUUAUAUUCACUGUGUUAUGAUUGUGCAAAUCAAUUGCAAAAUUUUAUCUGGUUUAUGGUAUGUGACCAUAUAGCUGUUCAUCCACUGAGAGGAGGCAAUGGGUGUCCCAUAAGACACACCCUUUUCCUUAUGGUCUGCAGCUCAUAACACUUUAUUAGGUAACAAGUAAGAGUGUUAUCUGUAAAGAUUUAAAUGCUUUUGGCGCUAGGGAUGCGGGUGGCGCAGUGGGUUAAACCACAGAGCCAAGGACUUGCUGAUCAGAAGGUCGGCGAUUCGAAUCCCCGCAACGGGGUGAGCUCCCAUUGCUCGCUCCCUGCUCCUGCCAACCUAGCAGCUCAAAAGCACAUCAAAGUGCAAGUAGAUAAAUAGGUACCGCUCCGGCAGGAAGGUAAACAGCGUUUCCGUGCGCUGCUCUGGUUUGCCAGAAGUGGCUUAGUGAUUCUGGCCACAUGACCCAGAAGCUGUUCGCCAGCUCCCUCGGCUAAUUAAGCGAGAUGAGCGCCGCAACCCCAGAGUCGGCCACGACUGGACCUAACGAUCAGGGGUCCCUUUACCUUUACCUUUUAAGAAGCUUUUAAAGAUAUUUUGUCUUAAGGGGUAAAGGUAUAAAAGCUCACAGGAUCAGGCUGUUAAAUUAGUGCAGUCUGUGAUGGAAGCAAUUAGGCACCAAAAUUGUAUAAAGAGACGGUGCUGUAUAGCUAUGCCACAGAAGCAUCUGGAAUAAAGAAACUGUCACUGUUGACUUGUAGCACAACCCUGGAGGGAAAAUAUUGAUUUACUUUAACUACUAGAGACUAAAUGAAUGGCAUCAUUAAUAAAACGCCCGUGAAAGCAGGAAUGUUGAUUGCAGCAAUCUCCCCCAUAAUCCCCAACACACCAUUUAAUCCUGAUGAUGUCAGAGCACAGGACAUAUUCUGCAGUAAAACCAGAGAUGGUAUAAAGAAUUAACUCUUAGUAACUCUUAGUAACAAAUUAUACAAGUUACCUUUUUUUAAAAAAGCAUUUAAAUCUUUACAGAUAACACUGUGAGCUUUUAUAGUAACACAGCAGCGCUGUUGAAAUAUGGAAGAACUGUAGGUGGAUCAACAUGCUUGUGCAUCUACUAAGUUUGUGGUAGCCCGCAUGAGCAUUCCAGUUGUUUUGGACUUCCAACAGCCCUGACCUACAUACCCACUGCUUGGAGAUAAAAGGAGUCCACAGUUCACUCCCAGUCUAAACUGAAGGGAUCUGGAAACUUGUGUGGUGCCAAGUCACCUCCCUCACACUCCCAGCUGCAGGCUCUGGCACUCAGUGAAGAAGCCAAUAUUAUACGCAGAAUUAUGAGAAUUAUUAAUUGCACGCAAUUUUAAGUUGAGCUUACAGUCAUGACUUCACAUGGGGAAGGGUGCUGAAAGUAUGUUGGCAGUUGUUGCUUUUCUGAAAACAGCAGGGAGAAGUUACAUGGAACUUGUGACAGGUGAGAGUUGGGAAUACUUCGUAUAACACAGCCCAAAGGCCUGGUUGAAAAGGAACAUUUUUGCCUGGCGUCUAAAGGUGUAUAAUGAAGGCACCAGGUGAGCCUUACUGGGAAGAGUAUCCCUGCAGGGAUCCACUGCAGAAAAGGCCCAUUCCUGUCUUGCCACCCUUUUGUGGAGGAGGCACACAUAGAAGGGCAUCAGAUAAUGAUUGCAGAGUCCAGGUCAGAUAAUAUGGGGAGAGGCAGUCCUUGAGGUAUUGUGGUAAUUAUGCCUCUCCAAAGAUACAAGGAAGCCAGAAUUCUAGUAACAAUACAGUGGUGCCUCGCAAGACGAAAUUAAUCCGUUCCGCGAGAGUCUUCGUCUAGCGGUUUUUUCGUCUUGCGAAGCAACCCUAUUAGCGGCUUAACGGAUUAGCGCUAUUAGCGGUUUAGCGGCUAUUAAAGGCUUAAAGGCUUAGCGGAUUAGCUGCUAAAAGGCUAUUAAAGGCUUAGCAGAUUAGAUCACGGGGGGGGGAGCGAAAAAAAUAUCUCAAGACUUGCAAGACAUUUUCGUCUUGCGAAGCAAGCCCAUAGGGAAAUUCGUCCUGCGAAGCAACUCAAAAACGGAAAACCCUUUCAUCUAGCGGGUUUUCCGUCUUGCGAGGCAUUCGUCUUGCGGGGCACCACUGUAUUAAUAACUAAUACACUGGUACCUCAGGUUAAGAACUUAAUUUGUUCCGGAGGUCCGUUCUUAACCUGAAACUGUUCUUAACCUGAAGCACCACUUUAGCUAAUGGGGCCUCCUGCUGCUGCCACGCCGCCGGAGCAUGAUUUCUGUUCUCAUCCUGAAGCAAAGUUCUUAACCCGAGGUACUAUUUCUGGGUUAGUGGAGUCUGUAACCUGAAACGUAUGUAACUUGAAGUGUAUGUAACCCGAGGUACCACUGUACUAAUAAGUCUAUUUAACUUUCUCCUUCCCUUUACAGGUAUGAUGCAUUGUCUUUCAUGAUUGCUUUCACUAGUAUAGGUUCUUUACUCAUAAUUAAUCAUAACAUUUAAAUGGAUUUGUAUUUCUCUAGUUUAAACCAGUUCUUUUUGUUGAUAACCAUGAUUAUUUUAUCCAGUUACUGUAAACUGGCCAACACCAGUAACUUAGGAAGAGGAUCUUGGGGAUUGUAAUUAAUACAGACUUCAAAUAGCUGGCAUCCAACAUUACAUAAGUUGCAAAUCCUACUAAACCUGAAAAACAUUGUCUUGCUAAGUUAAAGUAGUGCAUCAGAUAUAAAAUAGCAGACUUUUUUUCCCUUGUUGAAACUUGCAUUUUGUUUUUCUUGAGGCCACAUCAUUUCUUUUGUUCAAACUUUUUAAUCUAAGAGCUGUUGCUUGAGUGAGCUGAAAUUUCUCUGCUUUGAAAUAGCAGCCUGCAUCAUUUUGCUAGCAAUGAAUAGACUCAAAUACAUUCCUUAAAUGAGCACAACACUUAGCUUACCCCAUGAGUUUGGUGUGAGAGCAGAUCUGGCCAGUGCCUAAAUGGAAACCACAUAUGGCCACAUUGGGUUCCAUGAUGAAAGAAAGGCAGGGUACAAGCAUAAGAAGAACUGCUCCCCAUAAGAUCUAUUAAAUAUGUGCAUGCAUGUUCUCUAUAACAGUGUGUCAGUUUCCUAUGUCAUUGCCUAAAGUCAGAUGUUUAAUUGUAGAUACCAAAAGUUGCAAGGCACUUUAUAUUCUCAUAUAUAUCUGACAGUAUAAGGUUACCUAGUAUAUUUUUCACCCUUGUCUUGUUAUAUGGUGGUCUUAAAUAAAAAUUGUCUUUCAGCUUUUCAUUUUCUACAUGUAACUGCCGUGUUUCCAAAGACUGUAGUUUUUGAGAAAUCUCUUUAAAAUAGCUCAUGUUUAGGCUGGUACGGAAUAUUGAUGUUUCUGUAUUCUGCAUGGGAGAUUUGUCCUUUUAACGUUUCUGUUCUGUUUAUAAGUUUAAAACGUGUUUUGGCUGUCCCAAGACUGAAUAAUUAUAAUGAAUUCCUGGCAGUCUGGUUUGUUCACAGUUGGAAGGUUAGCUGAAUCAUAGACCUCCUAACAACCUUCCUGACAAAUUAUUUGCCAAACGCUAACUUUUAUGAAAGUUCAUUCUACAGUAACAAGAGAAAACGUGUUUAUGGAAAUCUACAAAUAUUCUUUCUCUUUCAGUCAAAACCAAUCAAAGUCCUCGUGACUGGUGCUGCUGGACAGAUUGCCUACUCUCUGCUCUACGGCAUUGCUAAGGGUGAUGUCUUCGGAGCAGAUCAGGUAAUGGAUAAAAUGAAUGAUAGCAUACCCAUAAGCAGUCCAUAUGAGCACAAAGGUCAACUCUGCAGUUGUUAACAGACAUCCAGUGCAAGAAAAGGGCCUCAUUGACUUUUUUGUCAAUUGUUAUUAAAAUGACUAUCUUGUGGAGGGAAAGUGAGAUUCCAUUAUGCAGAAAUGAGUUUUUUAAUAUAUAUUCAUUGUAUAGAAUGGUAAGAAAGAUUCUGACAAAUUAUAAAUUAUUCUUAAAUAUAUUUUGUACUUCAUUAAUAUGGUGGUACAAACAGGACAAGGAAUCUAAUUUAAUUUGAUCUUACAUGUAAUCUGAUCAGUGUUAAAUAAACUAAGUAACUGACACAACUGUUGUUGCUUUACAGCCUCUUAUUCUUGUGCUAUUGGAUAUCACUCCCAUGAUGACUGUAUUGGAUGGCGUACUUAUGGAAUUGCAAGACUGUGCUCUUCCUCUGUUAAGAGGUGACAAGAAAAUUCAGUUUGUGCUCUGUCUGCAGAUGCUUAGGUUUGAAAUAUAUAGGCAAAUGAGAGACACAUUACUGCCAGAUUUAACAGCAUUGUUCAGUGUAGUGGCCAUAUAUGUCAGGGCAAAAGAGGACCAUUUUGCCAUUCUGUAAAUUGAAGAGAUGUUGGCUUGCAUGAGGAAUUAAAUGUAAGAUUUUUAAGCCCAACACAUUAAGCAGACUAUGGGAGGUAUAGUCUGUGGUGGAAGAAAAUAAUUUUCAAAGCACUGGGGAAGCUUGUCCGGUAGUAUACUUGCACGUUUUGCUCUACUGACCACUAGUGCCAAUUAAAAGAAAGUCAAAUUUAAUAGAAACCUACCUCACACUGAUUCAGUGAUUGUACAUUCGUGUGAUGUAGUUAAUUUCAGUGCUGAAAGCUUUUGCCUUUGGUUAUGCUUACCUAAUAAAGUGGCCACUGAAUCAUUAUUUCAAUAACCUUGAAAAAAACGGGAGAAAAAGGAGGCUUGUGUUUUCUUUUGGCUUGCAUCUAAACAGUGCUUUCAAACUAGGCUUUCCAGCUGCUGUUGGACUACAACUUCCAUCAUACCUAGCUAGCAUGACCAGUGGUUAUGAAUGAUGGGUUGUAGUCCAGCAACAGCUGGAGAGCCAAGUUUGAGAAACACUAAUCUAAACAAAGUUUAGACCAGUUUGGAUCAUGGAAGUCACGAAGCAAAUUCACUUCACAAUUUAUUAAUAGGUUGAGGCAUUAGAGAAAAGGCAUUAGGUUGAGGCAUUAGAAAAAGAGAGAAUUGACACUUGAGCAGAAGCAGUGGCAGACUUUUUGAUAUGCUUUGGGAUUUUGGUUAUGAUUAGUUCUGAAGGCACUGGUUUCCCCUCAUAGUUUUACCAUAAACUCAUCUUUCAGCCCUCUUCCUCUCUACUUACAGAGGUAAUUGCAACUGACAAAGAAGAUGUUGCAUUUAAAGACCUUGAUAUAGCCAUCCUAGUUGGCUCCAUGCCAAGGAAAGAGGGCAUGGAACGCAAAGAUCUGCUCAAGGCAAAUGUGAAAAUUUUUAAGUCACAAGGAGCUGCAUUGGACAAGUAUGCAAAGAAGACUGUUAAGGUGAAUACAGCUGGUGUGACGUGGUUGCUAAGAGAAUGAGCUGUGCCUCAAGAGAUUGCUGAUUUACAUAUCAUCUCAUCAUUGUCACUCUCUUACUUCUGUCCAUAAUAUAAGGACACUAAGUCUGGUCUACCCUUUAAGCUGUUAAAAGGAUUGCUAUCAUAACAUGUGAAGUACUUUGAAUACAGAAAUGAAGUUGGCACUUCUUUAAUUAAAGUUGAGCAUCCACGUUUUAAGCUACCUGAGUCUUUAAAAGGGGGGGGAAGACAUUUUUGUAUCAUUUGUCUUGUUAACCAGUUUACAAAAUGUUUCUAGUUUAGUAGUUUGCCAUUUAUCAGAUUUCAAUUUCCACAUGAUCAGUGAAAUGUUGGUUUACACAAUUUAUAUACUGCUUUAGCAUUAAAAAAAAAUCUCUAAACUAUAAAUCCCAUCUGAAAUCUCAGCAAUUGUGGUUUAGCUGGUUGGUCACUUGACAGACUUGCAGUAAAUAGUCCACUUUCUUCCUUGCCCCCCAAUCAGGUUAUUGUGGUAGGCAAUCCAGCAAAUACCAACUGCCUGAUUGCCUCAAAGUCUGCUCCAUCUAUACCAAAGGAGAAUUUCAGUUGUUUAACCCGUCUGGAUCACAACAGAGCUAAAUCCCAGGUAGGAACUCUCUUCUAAGUUAUAGAAAACACUUUUUUGUUCUUUAUGUAAGCCAGUUUUUUGAAAUAAUUUGUUUAAAAGGGGUAGGGAAUCUAAAUGCUUCAAAUUACAUCUGAUCUUGGCAUUUUCUGCUUCCUACCCUCAAUAAAACUAGAUUGCUAUCAAAGUUGGUGUGACUGCCAGGGAUGUUAAGAACUGCAUCAUCUGGGGGAAUCACUCCUCUACUCAGUAUCCAGAUGUUAAUCAUGCCAAGGUGAAAGUGCAAGGAAAAGAUAUUGGAGUUUAUGAAGCUGUGAAGAAUGAUAACUGGCUCAAGGGUGACUUCAUUACUGUAAGUUAAUAAUGUGGGUGAUUUCGUUUUUUCUUGUCUUGUCUAUUGCAGCAACGUAACAUGAGUAGCAGAUGUUCCAGAGUCAGGAUUUCAGAAUAUCAGCUUCUACAUUAGCGGUUUUGUACAGUGGCCAUGCUCUGACAUUUGCAUGUAGAUAAACUCUGUGCAUGUAUAGUCAUGGGGAAAAGAAAGUACACUCACCUUGAAUUCUGUGGUUUUACAUAUGAGGACAUAAUAACAACCAUCUGUUCCUUAGCAGGUCUUAAAAUUAGGUAAAUAGAACCCCAGAUGAGCAACAAAACAUGUCAUAUUACAGAGUGUCUGAAUUCAGAAUUCAAAGAGGGUUUUCUUUUUCCCAGGACUGUAUGCCCUACACCAGUGGGACCACUGCAUAGAGACACAAUUCCCCCAUACGCUUUAUUUCAGUGCUAUUGUAGCUAAGGAAGCAAUCUCCCAGAAGAAUUUGAACAUGGAAAAGAAGUAGUCAAUAUAGAGAGACUUACGGCAUUUUACAGAAAAAGAUGUAAAAUGAAAAAGUUUGAGGAUAUUAGAAAUCAGGUAAUGAGUUGGUUGCAUUACUACCAACUGAAUGAAAUGUUCAAAUGUCAUAAAAAGUGUGGCUUUGAUGAUCAAAGUUCUCAGUCUGAAAGGGAACCAAUAGAAAAUAGAGAAAAACUGAUUUCGAGGAUGUAUAAGAUAUUGUUAGUAUAGGAAACCCAAGACGAAAUUGUUUAAUCUGCUAUUGGGCUAGGCAUGUUAUACCUUGAGGGAGAAUUUUAUGAAAAUGAUAUGUAGAUGGUACCUAACACCAAGUAAAUUAGCCAAAAUUUAUAAAUCAACAUCUAAUCUUUGUUGGGAAUGUGGUGGCCGUGCAAAGUAACUAAGGACUUUUGGGAAAUGAUUUAUAAUGAGUUGAAAAGGAUAUUCAAGGUAAUCCCCCCCCAAAAAAACACACACCCAGAAGCUUUUUUUUUACUAGGGAUAGCUGGAGCAGAUAUCCAAAAAACUCGUAUAAAUCUAUUUCUUUACGCAACCACGGUAGCACAAAUAUUGUACGCACAAAAAUGGUGUGAUGAGGUGAUACCUACCAAAGAAGAAUGGCAGCUGAAAUAGAUAGAAUAUGUAGAAUUGGUAAGUAAGAUUUGAGGAUUUGAGUGAGAACAGCAGUGGGGGUGCACUUUUUGUUUUUACUGUGAGAUAAGGUGAAGGUAUAGAGUAACUAUAAUAUGCAGCACAAAUUGAAAUUUUGAGGGAACCAUGGAGGAAGGGAGAGAAUUUUGUAGGUGGAAUGAUUGAUUGCUAAAUUUGAAAUGUCGAAUUGUUUAAAAUUUGUUUAUCUUACUUUUUUAAAAGAAAAAUUAAGACACGCUGCCUGGCUUCUUGAGCAAAGGCAGGCAGGCACCUUUGAGGGAGCCACCCCUCAGCUGUUCAAGCCCUCAUACUUCUCUUGCAGCAGUCAGAGUGGUAUGGGGCUGAGCAACGUAUCUUGGCUGCGCCUUCCUCCCCUAAGGUGAGGAGGAGGAAGCAGCCGAGAUACUUUUCAGGCAUUGUGAUAUAUCAGCGUAUAUAGCUGCUGAUAGAUCAUAAUGUUGAAAACCAAAUCUUACCCAGCCCUAAUCUAUUCUGGAUCUUUCACAUAGGUUGUUACUUUAUGCGGUAGAAGAAAAAACUCUCCCCAUACAUUAUUCCAGAACUGUUAUGUGGCAGGAUGCAAACAAAAAACCCCAGCAACAAUAUCAAGAUAAAAGGUUAAUGUCCAUGGAUCUGAUUAAAUUCCUAAAUCUGAUUAAAUUCAGCCUGAGUUUUGUAAAGCUCUAUUGCAGCCAUCGGCAACCUUGGCCCUCCAGAUGUUUUAGGACUACAACUCCCGUGAUCCCUACCUAACAAGACCAGUGGUCAGGGAUGAUGGGAAUUGUAGUCCCAAAACAUCUGGAGGACUGCAUGUGCCUAUGCCUGUUCUGUAGACUUCAUGUGAAGUUGGUAUAUUCCCUGUUCUUUUGUGUUCUAGAUUGUAAUCUUUGAAGGCAAGGAAUGUCUUGUGUUUUAUUUAUCUGAAAGCUACUCUGGGAGUUUUUGGUAGCCUCUCUGUCUUGGACUCAUUAUAAUAAUGAGUAAUUAUGGUAGUAGGUGCAAAUAGUCCAGUAAUUUUCCUCUGUCAAUACUACAGACUGUUCAGCAGCGAGGUGCAGCUGUUAUUAAAGCCAGGAAGCUAUCAAGUGCAAUGUCGGCAGCCAAAGCUAUCUGUGAUCAUGUGAGAGACCUGUGGUUUGGCACUCCAGAGGUAAGUGUUGCAGCAGCCCAUAAAGAAGCUAGCUUUGAUAAUAGCUGUUUAAAGGUUAGUAUAUACUUCCUUUAUAUUAGGCAUACAGCUGAUCACCUGAUAAUCUUAUAUAUGCUUUCAUGAAUUUCUUGUGAUAAAACUGAUCAUAAGUGUAAAGAGAAAAAUGGCAAGUUGAUAUUCUGGAAUGCAAAGAAUUGUAACAGGAUGCAGACCCUUCCUUCAGAACGAUAUAUGCUUAUGCCAAAUGUGAAGUAAAUAAUUGGGAAAGUACUACACUAUUUAUUUGUGUUCUUAUUUAAAGGGUGAAUUUGUUUCCAUGGGUGUUAUUUCUGAUGGAAAUUCAUAUGGUGUCCCUGAAGAUCUGAUCUAUUCAUUUCCUGUUGUAAUAAAGGUAUGUAAAAAAUAUGCAGUUUCUGAAAUACUUGUUAAGUAAAUGUGAUACUGUGCAAAGUUCAAGAAGCACAAGUGCAAUGUGGACAUCACUACCGUGAGCAUUAAAGUAUCUAUAAAACAGCAACAGCAGUUUAGAUACUACCCCUAAAGCACAUAGUGCAGGAUUUAACUAAUGAGUCCUGCAAGUGGAGCCACUGUGAAGGGUUUCUGUUUGUGCAGUGGGGCUCCCCUUCUCUCCUCGUCAUUCCCCCUCAAAACUGGCUUUGGGGAGCGGGUCAGGAGAACCCUCAGAACAGCACGCAAGGGGCAUUUUAGAAAAGCUAAAAUGCUUGGCCUGACAGAACAAUCACCUUUGUGUAAUGUUAAACUCCCUCCCACACCUCUAUUUUGUUGUUGUUGUUGAAAUAAUUUUUAUUGAGUUUUACAAAUAUUUUUUAGGCAAAACAUACAUCUUACAUAUAAUAUAUAAAAACCACUUGGCCAUCUCAGCCUGAGACUUCCCUCCUCCUCGACUAAUGGUUUUCCUAUUUAUACUCUAAUAUUGCUGUCAGGGGUUCAGGGAGAGAGGCACAGGGUAGGCAGGAGAUGGAGAGCGAGGGGGAGGAAUUCCAAGCCAGCGAGGAAGAGGAUGACAAUGACUCAAGAGAUUCCAUGAGUCUUUCCAGCGAAUCAGAGGAUUCCCAGAAGGGGGCGCCGGUGGUCAAGGCCAGGGAGCCCCAGGGGGGAAGUGUCAGGAGCAGGGUGCUAGCGGAAGAUCCCAAAGUGGCAGCUGGGCGUCAGGACCAGCCUCCCCACCAGAGUGCAGCGAAGGGGGUGGAGUUUCCAGUGUGUCAGAGGAAGCAGCUCCAGCAGCAGAGAAAGGAGGAGGGUCAGAGCAAGCCGCCCUCCCGGAAGGGGAGGGGACAGUGAAGGGAGUAGUGUAACUGUCAAAAGGAAAGUUAGAGGUUUGGCGCGCGCGCCUAGUUCAAAUGUAGAGGCGCGCGGAAGUGCAGGGAGCCCGGAGGAGGGGCCAGGUCCCAAAGCCCGCAGGAGGGGGGAAGAGCAGUCUGGGGAUUCCGCAUCAGAGGAAUCCAGGAGGGGCGAAACCCCAGUGGGCAGAAGGACCCUGCGGAAAAGGAAGGAGAGAAAGAGGUGGAGCAGCGCAAGUCUCUUAAAUUGGUGCAGGGGAGGAACUGACUCAGAGGGGACUUCGGCGGUCUAGCGUAAAAGACGUAAGGCUGCGCGCCUAGGAUGUCAAGCAAACCAUGAACUGCAAUAAACACUUUUGUAUAUAAGAAGACAGAGGCGUUGGUCUUUUGUGAGCUAAGACUUGAGGCAGCCUUGACAAUUGCAUUUUAUUAUUGUUGUUAUUACCCUGAAAUCCUAAUCUUAAAUAAACUAUUUAAGAAUCAUACUACAGUUGUACCUCCGGUUGUGUUCCUUGGGCGCAUCCCAAAGUUUACGUAAACAGAGGUUCAACUGUAGUAAUAAAUGAUACAUCUAACCUUAUAAAACUUCUUGUAACUCUACUAACAAUGUCAGUUAUUUACAGUUGUCUUUCAAAUACAGCAUAAAUUUAUUCCCGUCUUUCAGAAAGGUCUGGUCUUGCUGGUUCCAAAAUUUCCCCGUCAAUUUCGCCAAAUCUGCAUAGUCCAAUAGUUUCCUCUGCCACUCUUCUUUUGUCGGAAUCUCUUCCCGUUUCCAUUUUUGGGCCAAUAAUUGCAUAUAAUUGUUGCAUAUAAAAAGAGUGUUUUAUCUUACUUAUGUAUUUCUCUGCCUACAAUACCCAGUAAAAAGGCUUCUGGUUUUUUUACAAAUGUAUAUUUCAACAUUUUUUAAAGUUCAUUAUACAGGUAUAUCAUUUCCCAGAAAGCCUUCACUUUCUUAAAAACCCACCACAUAUGAUAGAAGGUACCAUCUUUUUCUUUACAUUUCCAACAUUGAUUAUCUGAUCAGUACAUUUUUGCUAACUUCACCGGUGUUAUAUACCAUCUGUACAUCAUUUUCAUUACAUUUUCUUUAAGCGAACUGCAAGCUGUAAAAUUUAUUCCGUCUUUCCAAAGUUUUUCCCAAUCUUCUAAUUGUAUAUUAUAACCAAUAUCUUUUGCCCAAUGUACCAUAACAGAUUUAACUUCUUCAUCUUUCACAUGCCAUUCUAAAAGUAAUUUAUACAUUUUUGACAAUAUUUUAAUUUUAGAGCUUAACAAAUCUAAUUCAAACCUGGAUUUUAUAUACUCAAAUCCAUUAUUUUUUAAAUCUUCUUUAAAUAUUUCAUUUCUUUGACCAUAAUGCAACCAAUCUUUUACUAAACUUUUAAUUUCCUCAUAAGAUUUUAAUUUCCACUGAUUAUCUAUUUCCAUCACCAAAUCUUCAUAGGUGGCCCAAUUUCUUUCCAUAUUUAGCUUUUUUACACUUAUAGCCUCUAUAAAUAUUAACACUGCUUGCUUAUCAUUCCUGGUCUUCAAAUAUUCAAUUAUAUCAACUAUUUUUCUUAUGUUAUCUUUCAUCUAACUACCAGGAAGAAAGCCAGCUUGGUCUUCAUGUGUUAUAUCUUUUAAUACUCUUUUUAAUCUGUUUGCUAAAAUACUUGACAACAGUUUAUAGUCAUUAUCUAACAACGAGAUUUCCUUCUAAUUUUUAAUUUGUAACAUAUCUGCAUCCUGUUUUGGAAUCAAAGUAAUAAAUACUUCUUUCCAUGUUACUGGGAUAUCUCCUUUUUCUAAAAUAUUGUUCAUCACAUCUUUCAAAGGUAUCAUCAAGGUUUGCCCCCACCUCAAUAAUAUAUUGAAUACAGUAUCGUAGUAACUGUAGACAUAGGGUGGUCAUUCAAAUCAUAUGCAACACUUACAUUAUUUUCAUAACAGUUUAACGUAGCUUUCUCCAAAAAAUACUUGGAGUUCUAAUUUGGCAAAGUGUGAAGAAUACAUUCUUAAAGUUCCCUAAAACACCUCUGCUGGUUGGGAAUGACCAGCUUGUUUAUUAGAAGUCUGUGGUUCCAUGAUUCCCUAUAUCUAAUGUCUAGUUUGUUUUAAGCUCCUGUGCAGAGGCUAGUGAAUACCUAAUCCAACCUUCUCCAAGCUGGUGCCCUCCUGCUGUUUUGGAGGACACCUCCCAUUAUCCCCAGUCAGCAGGAAAGGCUGACCUAAUCAAUAGCCCUGUCACACCUUUAUCCUGUAACACUGUGGAGUUGAAAUUUGCUAUGGUUUAAAGGCUUUAGAAGUCACCAAUUCAUUUUUCACAGGAUAAAACAUGGAAGUUGGUCGAAGGCCUUCCUGUUAAUGACUUCUCCCGUGAGAAGAUGGAUUUGACUGCUAAAGAGCUCACUGACGAAAAGGAGACUGCUGUGGAGUUUCUGUCCAGUGCGUGACUAGGUGCUGCCCAGGAUGCUUCGGGAGAUGGCUUAAACACAGAGGAGUCUAAAAGUCGUCUCUAAAUUCAGCAUCAAAUGCGAUUACUGUAUCCAUCCGUUGUCUUCCCCGUCCCGCUGCAGCAGUCAGUACCCUGCUUUGUUGGUACAUCUGUGCCUGUUAUUGAGUGCUCUUAGUAAUGAAGUUAUUGCACAACAUGUUUCGAAAGUAGUUUGCACACUUGACCAAAUCUUCUUGAUUUAUUACUGUUUGCUUCUUGUAUUGCAUUGUGCAUUAGAAGGAUAGUAGCCUUUCAGCUUUAAUUACACUAAAACCAGCUAUAUAGUGCUAAAAGCUGAUUUUAUGAAAUGGGUUUUAGCACUUUAUUCAUCAAGUACAAUUAGAGCCACCAUUGGUCUUUAUCAAAGUGCACAAGAACCUAUAUUUCUACCAUUAAAAUCUCUUAAGUAGGAAAUGCAUUUUGCAUACAAUGAAUGUACCAUAUGUUGACCAUCAUUGAUGCACAAAUUUUACUGGAAAUUACAUUAAAUGUUGCUGAGUAAGCAGCUUUUGUGGUUUUUUGUUUACCUUGCUUUCAUGAAAGUAUGUAAAACACAACCUUCACCAUAAAGCAGAUUGUGUGCAUUUUUUAAAAUAAAGCAAAUCUGGAACUAGAGUGGUUUGAAGGUACAACCAUGCACAGAAUAUACAAUACCUCUACGGCAAGCUCAAACAGAUUAUAAUAGCAUUUCUCUGUACUCUGCACACAGAGGACCUACUACUUGAUGCUGCUUCCUCUUGCUUCAAAUAUAGCCAAAUAAACCUUUUUUUAUUAUUUUUAACCUCUCUUGCAAGCCUGAGCUCAUUUGGAACUUUGGCCUGCCUGACCCUCUCCCUGCAACUGUUGGCUGCUCUUUCUUCAUUUCUUAUACAUGCCUUCUUAAAUCUCAGCUCAUCUGCAAGCUCCUAAUGCUGUCACACUGGUUUCUUUCGAUGCCUACCACUUUUCUUAUUGGAAUUGUCUGCAUUUGUACCUUCAGUAGUUCACUUGGACUCCCUUCUCUUUGAGUAUUUCUGGCCAUAGUACUACACACAGUAGUUCUUACAGCUUUUGCAAUCAGCUUUUUAAAGUCUAAAGUCUGACAACACUCAGCUUUCCCUUGCCUGUGUAUAAUGAAACCCAAGAGGACACGAUCACUUCUUCCCAAGGUUCCCAGCACUUCCACUUUGUCAAAUGCAGUAGUUUCUCCCUGUUGGUGAGGACCAGGUCCAAGAUAGAUGACCCCCUCAUUGCUUCUUCCACCGUCUGUGAAAUGAAAUUGUCAGUGAGGCAGUUGAGGAAUAUGUUGGACCUUACACUCUUGGGAAGGAGAGAAAUGGAGCAAGGCAGAAUGGUAGAAGAGGCACACCAGUACAAGUCUACUUUUUCUCCUGUCUGAGUGGCAGCAUUUUGCAGCUCUGCCUUGGAUAGAAUGUAAAACAAAGGAGUGUUGUUCUUCCUAAUAACCCUUUCAAUUCUCCAAACAGUCUACCUGUAGGAACACAGCUUAAGUAAAAUAUUAGGGACAUAAGGCUGUUCUGUAAUGUCACCCAGUGUGGCAAUAUUUAUUCAGUUACAAAAAGUUGAGUCAGAAAAUUAGUGAUUGCUUAAUUGUUUAAGUGGAAUCAGUUCCCUGCAAUGGGUCUUGGGAAAUGAAAAUUUACAGUUAAGCCUGUAGAUGGAGCUAUAAGAGUAGAUACUCAUGAAAAGCCAGAGAGAGUUGGAAAUCUGAAGUAGAAAAAAUAUAUACUUUCCUGUAGAGUCUGUCUGUUCCAGGAACCCAACAGACAGGAUAAGAAAUUAUAAUGUUGCAAAUGCAUCUCUAUAGCAGCUAUUUUUUAAAUCUUCAGGAGACUUCCAUGAGGAUCCCCUUUAUAUUGCUGAUGAUACUAUGACAUGUUCUAGGGCACCAGUUCAGUUUGUUACCAUUCUCCCAAUCAGUUAAUAAGAAAGAAACUGCAUUUGAAAAUUAUUGGUGGGGUGCCAUGUUUUUGUCACGCAUCCCUUGCUGGUUAUGGUGGGUGAGUGAUAUUUGUCAGUGCACUUUAUUUCAUUCUACGAAUAGUAUUACCAGUGUUUUGCACUCUGGCAGUCUUCAUAGAUGCCGGUGCUAGUCACGUCAAUGAUUCUAAGUGCUUAACUGAAGAGAAUGUGCAACAUGAUCAGGAUAUUAAUGCACCCAACCAGGAGCCCCCCUGUUUUCAAUUAGAUAGAACUGCAUAGAAGCCUAAUUUGUAUGAACUGUGGAUAAGCAUGUAAACCUGUAUCUAGGUAUAUCUGUCAGCAAGAUCUUGUCAUUUUUAUUUAAUUAAUGAGAAUAUUUCUAAAGCACUCGCUCAUAAAAAAACAUCAUGGCAAUGUACAAUAAAAUCAUUAAAACUA